AUGUCCUUCUCAGGCCAUACCCAAAAGAGCAGCAAAAGACCUUUUCCAGUGGAACAUAUUAUGCCCCCACAAGUUCUACGAAACAAUUACUUGCAUGUUCUGGAAGAAAAGCAAAAACUCCAGCUAAAGAAAUUCCUUCUUGAUAGGAUGUUCCUAGUGGCCAAGACAAAAGAGAACAUAGAAAAAAAAGAUGUUACUGAUUACUAUGAACAUUUGUUUCAGACAAUUUCAAAACAGUACGUAAGCGAAGCAGUAACAGGAUUACUGCUCAUAUAUCGUACUUUCAUUCUGCAUAUCCUUGAAUCCUCCAGCAGUACUCUUUACAGCAUUCUUUUAGAUUACAUUAACCAUAAAAAGAAGAGAGGAGAAUAUUUUAUCAAAGGAAUGAAAAUUGUAGUGGUGUCCCAUAACAUCCCAACCAGGAUCUUCAUGCAAUGGCAUGUUAUAGUCAUAAAAGUGCCAGUCAUGUAUCUGGAUGAUGUGACACAGUCACAGUCCCUGAGAGAGAUCGUCACAGAGUUCCUCACCCAAACUCAUAAACUAGCACUCUACUUUUUUAAGACUCUUAAAGUGGGCGCAAAGGGACCCAGCGAGAACUUAUACCAACCUGCACCUGAAUUACUCCUCCCAGAACAAAUAAUUAAGUAUUUAUACAAAUCUGAAGAAUUCUUGGAGCCAGAAAUUUUCAUAAACAUGUAUAAUAGACCUAUUCACAUCACUUUCGAUACUGAGGUGGUAUGGCCUGCUCCUUCCCGUUUCUAG